GAAUAGACGCGGCACGACCCGGUGCGGCGCGUCUCGCCGUAGUAAUUUCAAGUCCGUGCGCGAGCUCUCAUGCAUCUAACCUUACAUUUCUCAAUAGCGUGUGAACGGAGUUCGAAGACUUAUAAUACACAAGAACAAAUACAAAAAUACUACGUGGAAGUAGAAAAAUUUGCAACCGACAGCCGACACAUAGAGUCAUGGUAGGGGGCGUUGCACUGGUCGCCGAAGCCGAAUUUCAACAGUCGUUCUUCAGAUGUAGCGGACGUUGAAUGUACGCGUUCAGUUUGUUAAUUUUUGUAUGAUAUUUGGGUUUAAUUGUACUGUCGAGUGCCUAUUUACAACAACAUUCCUAUCUACAUAAAUAGAAAAUAAAACAUGGAAACAGAAGAAACCAAGAAUAUGGAAAUGACAGAGAAUAUCAACAUGAAAACAGAAGAAACGAAAAAUAUGGAAAUAGAAGAAACGAAAAUCUUAGAAACAAAAGAAAACAUCACUUCACUUGGCACUCACGCGUUGCUAGAAAUAGCGUCGACCACUUUUGAUCAGUUUCUCCCGACAAAAUCAAAAGAACAAUACAAUAGAGCCUACGCAAGUUUCAUCAACUGGCAACAAAAAUCGCACCCGGAUUCUUUCUCAGAAAAGGUACUAGUCACAUAUUUCGUAUUAUUGGCCAAGAAAGUGAAACCGCCAUCACUGUGGAGCACUUAUUCAAUGUUAAGAAGCACGCUUGAGCUAAUACACAAUGUUGACAUAAGCAAAUACGUCAGGCUUCGAGGAUUUUUGAAAAAACAAAAUGAAGGAUACGAACCGAAGAAGACGAGAGCCCUUACUGCUGAACAGAUAAAAGAAUUCAUCGCAACUGCACCAGAUGAUAAAUAUUUAUUUACGAAAGUUGGUUUAAUUUUUGGAAUUACCGGAAAGUGCCGCAGAGAGGAACUACUGAGAAUGGAAAUCAACGAUGUCGAAGAUCUCAAUACAGAAUUAUUAGUACAUAUACCAGACCAACAAACACAUACUGAACGACGGUUUGUAAUUGGUAGUGAAUUUUACCCGAUUUGUAAGAAAUAUAUGGCCCUGCGAAUACCUAAUACGACUCGAUUUUUUCUCAAUUAUCAAAAUGGAAGGUGUACACCACAGCCAACAGGGAUUAAUAAAUUUGGAUAUAUCUCGAAAGUAGUGGCGCAAUUCCUCAAAUUGCCUGAGCCUCAUUUGUACACUGGCCGUGCUCUGAGGAAAAAACCCUCAACAACUUUGUUGGCAGGCGCAGCUGCUGAUUUAUCUACUUAUGCUGAAGAUUAUAUGGAUGAAUCUUCCUUCGAUUACCAAAUAGAGUCUGUUAAUGUUAAAAUGGAGAAUAUAGACUCACUUACAAAUGAGGAAUCUACAGAUUGUGACAUUUUCAGUAGCAACCCCAUCAAAACUGAAGUUCCUGAAGUUACUACUGAAGUUGAUGAAGUAGCUGCAGAAGUUGAUGAAGUAACUACUGAAGAUACUACUAUCAAUUUCAAUAACCAUGUAGUACAAAACCAUGUAGAGACCCACCAAACUAAAUCAGACCCAUUUUCAAUUUCAUUUACCAACUGUAGAGACCUAUCUAACAUAUCAUUUAAUUUUCAUGUCCAGGAGUAGUUUGUUCCUAUAAACAUUGUUUUGACUGUGCAUUAUCAUUUGAUUCUUUGGUAUUAUUUUUAUAUAGUCAAAAGGAUCCGCAAUAAUUAUUAUAGAUAUAAAUAAAUAAUUGAUUAUAUUGAUAA